CAGGUCACCGAGGCUAAAGUCGUCAAUCUCGCUGUCUUUGAGAAGCGUCUCCCGAAUUUAAAACCUUGGUUACUUGGAAACAAUGAGCAAGGGGGAAAACUAUCAAUGUAACGUAAUACACAACGUCCACGUUAGAACAGCAUCAAUACGGUAUACACAUUUAGCUAUUUCAAUGAGACUUGUCAUAAUAGCUUAACACAGAUAUUUAGCGUUUUCGUUUUGGAUCAUUUGCCUCAGCAAGAAUUUGCUACCAACUGGAGAUGAAUUGAACACCAUGGACUGGUCAGACUAAUUAUUUUCCCACAUACUUCUGACACCAUGCCAAGUCGUCAAAAGAAAAUUAUAUUCUCUGUUGCCGGUGUGUUGAGUUUCGGUUGCGUCCUCAUUGUUGCGGCCGCGAUGGGGUCGCAAUUUUGGGUCCAGGGGACUAUGCUGUGUACAACCGGGGCGCAGCUUGUAAAUGCCACAGGACAAGAGCUUGAUAAAUUUGUCGGUAGGGUUAACUAUGGUCUCUUUCACGGACAGACAGUGAAGCAAUGUGGACUUGGUGGAAGACCCUUCAGAUUUUCAUUUUUUCCGAACUUGGUGGACGUCAUCCCAGCCAGUCUUCACGUCACUGUGAUCUUCUUCUGCGGAGUGCUCAUCCUCUUCUCCUCUGUGGCCACAGGCUUCUUUAUGUACAACGCCUUUGGUAGUCCCUACGAGACUCUGCACGGACCCCUGGGACUCUACCUCUGGAACUUCGUCUGCUGCCUCUGCAGCUGCCUGGUGAUGGUUCUGUUUGCUUCCGAGGUGAAACUUCACCGGCUGUCCGACCACAUCGCCAACUUCAACGAGGGCACGUUUAUGUACAAGACGCACACAGAGCAAUUUGACCACUCCUUCUGGCUCAUCUUCCUCACCUUCCUCGUCCAUGGUCUUAACAUCCUGCUGAUCCGUGUGGCCGGGAUCCAGUUCCCCUUCCAGGAGGCCAAAGAGUCGAACGCCAACACUGGGGCAUCAGAUCUCAUGUACUGACCAGGGCUUUUGUUUGUUUGUGUGGCCGCUGGCUGGGCCCCCCCAUUCUAGUGACACUGAGCCUCGGCUAUUGGCAUGUCUCAAUGGGAGACUUGGGGCCAUAGCUCCUUGGUGCCCAUGCGCUGUUGAAAGGUCCAAGCAAAUGUGACCGUCCUAAGCCACUUCUAUUCCCCUUCCAAUGACAAGCGGGGGGAGGGGUCUUGUUUUUCUUUCCAUUGUGUCAUAUUAAUUGGUGAUAUCUCGUUAGGCGGUGGGCCAAUUAAAGGCCAGGAUUUCACUCGGCUGUAGAAAAGCAGAGACUUUGUUUGGUUCCACUCCUUUUAUCAGGUUUGUCCAAGAAUUGGCAGUCCCUCCCUUGGCAGUCCGAAGUUCUAUCAAUGAAGGGGGACUGUUAAACAGUAUGUGACGAUUGAUUGACCAGAAUAGAUACCGUGUGUGUUUCAUUAGUGCCCCCGAAAUGUAUUGAAAGACCACAACUGUACAACUUAAACAGAGCAGUUUCUCUAUGCCUUGUGCUUCAUAUUGGUUUUUACUUACAUAUUUAGAAGUCCUAGAGGUCAUGUCGCUUCAUUGUUUAGUCAGAUUAUGUAUUCAGAAUCAUGUGACUUGCCAAUUUGAAUGGUUUUAAUGAUCAUUCCUAAUACAACAUUUAUUUUAUGAAAUGUGUAGAGCUAUUUAGAUUUGUUGUAGAUUUAUAUUCUGUUGAUGUAAGUCUGACAUGCUGACCACCGCUCGCAUGUGCGAGCGUUCCAAAAUAAAUUUCAACAUACGUUAUUCAA